UACAAGGAUCAUGACUGAUAGCUAAAGUAGAGGUUUGCUUUCAAGUUGGCGCUAUAAUGUAUUUAACUGGAAUUCACAGUAGUGACCGAAGGCUUUAAUUCGAGAAGAAGAACAUAUUCUUUCCGAAAAUACAGCGACAUUUGGUUUGUAAUAUGGAAGUCAGCAGCGCGCUUGCGUUUGCGCAGUACAGGGAGUCAGUGUGGAACACAUCUGCAAGUAUACACCACUCCUUUUAUUGUAUUUGUGCUAUUAAUUUGGUUUCUUUGAAUAUGGCACAGGUUAGAGCAGCGCCAAACAUAUUAGUAACCGGUACACCUGGUGUAGGCAAAUCUACUUUAUGUGAGAAGUUAUCAGAAGCAACAGACUUGAGGUGGUUAGAAAUUUCAAAGAUUGCCAAAGAAAAUAAUUGUUUGGAAGAAUACGAUCCGGUGUAUAAAUGCUGUGUUCUUGAUGAAGAUAAACUGCUUGAUGGUUUGGAGGAAGUUAUGACUGCGGGUGGAAAUAUUGUCGAUUAUCACUGCUGUGAACUUUUCCCAGAACGUUGGUUUGAUAUUGUGUUUGUAUUACAAACAGAUAACACCACUUUGUAUGAUAGACUAACCGGUCGAGGAUAUGAAGGCAAAAAGUUGGAGGACAACAUAGACUGUGAAAUUUUUCAGACAGUUUUAGAAGAGGCUAAAUCAUCAUAUCCGUCGAAUAUAGUGCAUACACUCACUAAUUGUAAUCAAGAGGAGUUACAAAGUAAUCUCCAAAGAAUAUAUGAAUGGCUUCAGCAAUGGUUUCAAGAAAAUCAACAAUCUUAGUCUUAUAGUGAUCUUUAUAACUAAAAGUUGUGUGUACAUAUAAUUACAAUUUAUUUUUGUUCAAUAA